GCUCGGUCUGGCACUGCCAUCCGAUUUUCGAUGCCCGAUGCUCUCCGUGCUCGGAUUCCGAGACGCGUGGGACGAGGGACGAGUCGCGGAUCACGAGUCUCGAACGAGCAUCCGCGAUCUUCCGCUCACCAACCCCCCACGACCACUAUCAGCCUCCCACGUACAGGGUGGACCGAACGAAAUUCCUUUAACGAACGGACCGCACGUUAUAUCGGUCGAUUAAAGCGAUGCGUUUCGUAGGAAAGUUUUGACGAGCAAACUUUCGACGAUCACCGUAACGUACGCUCUUAACAUAAGCCGAUAAGGAUCCAAAGUUAAUCCGCGGACCUCGCAACGAGCGUUCAAGUUGCUUGCAUGACUUUCAACGACUUCCUUGAGCGUUAACGCGCUCGAUCGUUCCCGCCAGUUCUCAUCGUCUCACCCUGUAUACGUAUAAAGUACAACUACGUCUACAGCCUACAUUCCACGUAUACGUGCGUAGUCGUUACUUAUAUGUAUAUCGCGAGAGAAAGCGAACAAACGAGAAACGGCUGAUGACCGAUCGUUUAAACGCGCUCCGACUGCCGCAUCGCGCGUCGAUUCAAAAUACUCAACCACUGGGAAUCGAAAGCACUUUGCUCGGAAGAUACGAACACACGCGAAUCAGGGAAUCUAAUAUAAAUUGUAUGAGAUCGAUCUUUUAUCAUUUCUCUUCCAAUCGUUUUUAAACGAUCGUUUCAUUGCGAGUACGAACAUCUUACGGUAAAUUCAAUCGCAGAUCUCUCAUUCGAAUUCGAUCACUCUCCUCUGACUCGCUAAUUUUUCCUAAACGACGAUCCAAUUUGCAGCGCCGUAGAAGAGCGUGUAUCGCUUAUAAUUUCGCGAGCAUGCCAGGCACAAUUGACGAUGACGCAAGUUCGUUGGUCUUCUCUCUUCGUCAUGUGCAAUACUUACGAAAUUCUCACGAAUCCGCUGACACUCGUAGUUCGAAUUUGAAACAAGAGCCGUAGAGGUGGAUUUCCUGAAUCGAAACAAUAUGAAAUUGAAAGACAGUCGACUCGUUGAACGUACCAGAAAUUGUUGUCGCGUUCAUCAUGCCUCUUCGAUCCUCUAUACUCGCGUUUCUCCUGUUGGCUGCGUGGCGCGUCGACGGUAUCCAAGUGUUCGGCGAACGCGAUCACCUCCCUCCGGAGGUAUCCGAGAAAUUGGACGAGUAUUGGAACACGUACAAGGAACGAUAUAACAAAAGUUACUCCGGGAAUCUCGAGACCAGUCGAAGGAUCACUUGGGAGCAGAAUCUAGUAGCGAUUUACAAGCACAACAUGAUGGCAGCUGCCGGUCAUCACACGUUCACGUUAAAAGACAAUCACAUCGCCGAUCUUGGGACCAGGCAAUACAUUCGUGAGAUGGUGAAAUUGAUUCCCAGUCGGAAGCGACGGGUGUCGGAUACGAUGGUCGGUGCAGUGUUGCACGACCCUCGAAAAAUCCCAUCGCAGCUCGACUGGCGCGAGGCUGGCUUCGAAACCGAACCGAAGAACCAAAGAGAUUGCGGUAGUUGUUACGCGUACUCGAUAGCCGGCAGCAUUCAGGGACAGAUAUUCAAAGAGACGGGCAUGCUGGUCCCGUUGAGCGUGCAACAAUUAGUCGAUUGCAGCACGUCCACUGGAAACAUGGGCUGCUCCGGUGGAUCUCUGAGGAACACGUUAAGGUACCUCCAGAGAGCCAAAGGUCUCAUGGACGAGACUCACUACUCGUACAGGGGAAAACAAGGCGCGUGUCGGUUCAAGCCACGGUUGAGCGUGGUGAACAUCACCUCGUGGGCGGUAUUGCCUGCUCGGGAUGAACGAGCUUUGGAAGCAGCGGUGGCUACUAUAGGCCCGAUAGCGGCUUCCAUAAACGCCAGCCCGAAAACGUUCCAACUUUACCACCGAGGAGUCUACGACGACGAGCUAUGCAGCUCGGAUAUGGUCAAUCACGCGAUGCUGAUCGUUGGGUACACGCCGACUGAGUGGAUCUUGAAGAAUUGGUGGGGCGACGAAUGGGGUGAACAGGGGUACAUGCGUCUGGCCAAAAACAAAAACCGAUGCGGCAUAGCUAAUUACGCCGCCUAUGCCAAAGUUUGAACAGACUCGAUUUGAGUCGGCACCUUUCUGACGACGAACGGGUUUGUUCGAUCGUAACAAUCACGACGAAUCCAUGUUCCAUCGAUUAUUCCCUGCGCUACGAUGACAGAACGAUCAUUGUGGAACACCACCGAUCCGUGUAUGCGUCGAACGGAGUCCGUUCUCGAAUGCUACGAUAGUAUUAAUUUGUUUGUAAGAUAACGCCGCUCGAAAUAAAGUUUUUAACGUUUAUCGAUCA